AUGUCCGAUACUAAGUCGCGCCCGUUGGCUCCGGCCCCUCCUGGUGCCAAUGCUGCUCUCGACAACCAUCAGCGCAGAAAGAAUGUUGGUACUGCUUGUGCCGCCUGCAAAGCGCGGAAACUAAAGUGUACCGGAUCCGUGCCCUGUGCCAGCUGCGUCAAAAGCAAUGUCGAAUGCACUCUUGACAAGAGCGCCGACAAGCGCCGCCGGGGCGCUCUUAAACGCAAAAUCGAUGAAUUGGCCGACAAGGAGGAGUUGCUGGUCCGCCUCGUGGGUGCUAUUCGCGAAAGUGGCAAUGGCCAUGUCAUGCCCCUCAUCGACCUCAUCCGUACCGAUCCCACCCUCGACGAGAUCCGCCAACACAUCCACCUCCAUAUCCCGCAGUCGGAAAUGGAGUUGACGCCCGACCUGGCUCAACUGAGUCGCGAAGUUCAACAUCUACAAUCCUCCGACCGCUCGCGACCUAUGCGCCGCAUGCUCGAAGCCAAGCGUGCCGCCGACUCGCCACGGUACCUCGUACCGGCGCAUCCUUGGACCGUUGUAGUACCGGACUCCCAUUUUGUUUCACAUCUCAUAUCGCUCUGGUUUACCUGGUCGCAUCCCUUCCGCAACUGGAUCGAUCGGGACCUGUUCUUGCGGGAGAUGCAGACCGGCAAGCGGUCAGGGCGAUUCUGUUCUCCGUUUUUGGUCAACAGUAUCCUCGCCGACGCAUGUGCCUACUCGGACUAUCCGGACGCGUUCACCAUCCCCGGCGAUGCCGCUUCCAAGGGCGUUCAUUUCUACGAGGAAGCGAAACGAUCACUCGACCAGGAAGCCGGGCGGAUCACAUUGCCGACCGUGCAGGGUCUGGGGAUUUUAUGGUCGUGUGCUGCUCGGACCGGUCGCGACCGUCAGGGCUGGAUCUAUCGUAACCAGCUUGCCUACGCACUGCAAGAACUCUUGCAGGAGAACUCCACCCUCGCCGCUAAUCCCGACCUGGAUACCUUGCGGAUGGUUCAUGGGCUGAAUCGCACCGUCUGGGGGUUAUUCAACGUCGCCACGAUCAAUGCCCUGACCGACCGGAGCCGCCCGUCGAUACCCUUACCCGACCGCCACCGGCUCCCACCUUCGCGCCAUGAGGGCGGCCCAGAUGACAUAUGGCAGCCCUAUCCACGCCCGGUCGCUGGCAUCCCUGGUCACGUGGACUGUCUAUUUAUCGCUCUCUCGAACUUGACUCCGAUCGCCUACGAGGUGACUCGAUUAUUCGAGCUUCCGCCACGCGCCGAUCUUGCCGCGCGGGUAACUGUUCUGCAUGAACACCUCCAACAUUGCGCAGACCACUGGCCUGCAUGCUUGAAAGGCACGCGACUCGAAGCGCCUCAUAUCCUGUGUCUGCACAUGUAUUACCACCUGAUUGUCCUGACGCUGUAUGGAGUGGUUCUAUCCGGCACACCGCCUUCGCCGACCGACCGGGUUGGGCUCCACGCCCGCGCUGUGCGGCUCUCGGCGGCGCGAAACAUUGCCCAUCUGACUUGCAUUCAUCGCUCGUGCUGGGGCGUGGAGCGGAUGCCGGUCAGCAAUAGCUCCUGUCUGUUGGGGGCUCUUCUCGCUCUGUUGGAUGGGCUAGACGAGCCCGACAACCGAGAGGCGUUUAUCACCCUUUCCGUUGCCGCCAAAUCAUUAACACGACGGUGGGACGGUGGGGAGAAUCUGCUGGGGAUCGUGCGCACCACAGCCCAGGCUCAAGGGGUGAUUUUGCCCGUGGAGACCGCCUCUCUCUUUACAACUUUUCUGUUACCACUAGCCACCACCCCGAUUUCGGGAGUCGACGAAUCCCCCGAUGGGGCGGAGGAAAGCAGUCCCGCCGGAUGA